CAAAGACAUUGCACCCACCAAUGUACCCAAAACCCUUUUAAGUACCCCUUUUAUUGUUCAUCUUCAUGAGUGUAAAUUAAGUUUCCUUUUAGCUUCCAAAAAAAAAAAUCUCACCAUCUUUCCAUCAAAAUCCCAUACUUUUCCUUCCAUCCAAACAAGAUAUUCAUCAAUGAAGAAGAUAAAUCUCCUACUUAGGAAAUGCAAGAGCUUGUCAAGACAACUAGGAAGGUCAUCUUCAUAUAGUAGCUUAAGAUCGAAAUCAACUCGAGAAGAUCAUCACCGUUAUAUAUGGGAUCAUAUAAGAAGAAGAACGAGGAGGAACGAAGAUGGAGACAAUUAUGAUAAUGAUGAUGAACAUCAAUGUUACGAAACGGUUUAUGUUGGGAGUACGAGGAAACGAUACGUGGUUAGUUCGAAGUACCUUAAACAUCCAUUGUUGCAUGCUUUAAUAGAGAGGCCUAAACAAAAGCAUGGAGGGGAAGAUCACAUAUUGGUUAAAUGUGAGGUAGUUUUGUUUGAUCAUCUUUUGUGGAUGAUUGAGAAUUCUGAUCCAAAUCUCAUUUUGGAUUCAUUGGAGGAAUUGACUGACCUUUAUGUGUUUUGAAUCAAUUUACUUAUAUAUACAUACAUACAUAUGUUCUUUUAUUUAGUAUUCAUAUGAUGAUGAUGAUGAUUUAGAGGUUUAUUGUGAUAAUUCAAUAUUUGUUAAUGUCCAUUUUAUUAAUUAACUCUUAAUUGUGUUA